AUGAUGGAACUAAAAGAGAGAUUGCUGGUACAGAUGAAUGAAACGACUAAAAGGGAUAAAAUGAGAGAGAUAAAACAACGGUUGUUAAAGUUGGUCUUACAGGUGGAGGAAUGUGAGUGGGAGACUGAUUUAUUCCUUAAGGAGGUGCAGAACUGGCAUUGUCUAGCGCAAUCAAUGGAUGGAAAAGACUCGCGUGAACCAGAAACACUCAAGAUUUGGCUAUUUAUUAUUGAAACGGCCAAGACCCUAUCUGGACGUGAUAGUAAUUUGGCUACGUUAAAUAUUAAUGCUCUAGAACUAAUCAAAAGUAUUGAUAAUUUGGCUCAAAGUCCAACUGUACUCUUUUACUUGCAAGAUUUACUUAAUCUUAAUGAGAAUGAAGUAUUUAUCGGUCGUUUAAACAGUGCCAUAUCUCGAGGACAAGCUGAGUAUGAUAAGUAUUGCAGCAUGCUAUUUCAAAAAUAA